CUAGAGACAGAGACACAGAAAACAGAGUCUUUAACUAUCUAAUACACAAAAAUGUGUGCACUUGUCCCUCCAUCUCCAUUAUAUCCCAACUUCGGCUGGCCUAGCGGAGAUAAUAGCUUCUAUGAAAAUGAAGACAUAACCAACACGUUUCUUGAUUUUCCGUUGCCGGACUUGACUGUGGCUCAUCAGAAUGUGUCAUCUGAGAAUAAUAGAAUAUUACUAGACGACAAUCCCGUGGUGAUGAAGAAACUUAAUCACAACGCGAGCGAGCGUGAGCGUCGCAAGAAGAUCAACGCAAUGUUCUCAUCUCUUCGUUCUUGUCUCCCGGCCACCAAUCAAUCGAAGAAGUUAAGUGUUUCCGCAACAGUUUCACAGGCAUUGAAGUACAUACCAGAGCUGCAAGAGCAAGUUAAAAAGCUCAUAAAGAAGAAAGAAGAGCUCUCGUUUCAAAUUUCGGGUCAAAGAGAUCUCGUUUACACCGACCAAAACAGUAAGCCAGAGAAAGGGGUCACAAGUUAUGCAUCAACAGUUUCUGCGACAAGGCUCGGUGAGACCGAAGUGAUGGUCCAAAUUUCAUCGUUACAGGCUGACAAAUGUUCGUUUGGGAAUGUGCUGAGUGGUGUAGAAGAAGAUGGUUUGGUUCUUGUGGAUGCUUCAUCCUCAAGGUCUCAAGGAGAGCGACUCUUUUACUCUUUGCAUCUUCAAAUGGAAAAUGGCAAGGUGAAUUCCGAAGAGUUGGGUGAUAGAUUGUUGUACUUGUACGAGAAAUGUGGACACUCGUUUACAUGAUUCAAUAAUUCAUUAAUGUAAUUUAUUCUGUUUUUGUCUCUCUUUGAAGAAACUCGAUGUUCUUUA